AUGGCUGACCUUGCUAAGCUCAAAUCCAUGCUGAGAUCCAUUCCUGAUUUCCCUAAAAAGGGAAUCAUGUUCCAAGACAUCUUCCCCAUCUUUUUGGAUCCUCUCGCUGUUGAAAUGCUCGUGACGCAUAUUACCCAUCACAUCACAUCCUCAUUGGGAAAAGUCGACGUGGUUGUUGGUCUUGAUGCACGUGGAUUCCUCAUUGGCCCUACCAUUGCAAUGAGAAUCGGCGCUGCUUUUGUCCCAGUACGGAAACAAGGUAAAUUGCCUGGUGCUACUCGCUCUGUGGGAUAUGAAAAGGAGUACGGAACGGAUUUCUUUGAAAUGCAAGAAGAUUCCAUCAAGCCAGGACAAUCUGUACUCAUUCUCGAUGAUUUGAUUGCAACCGGAGGAUCCGCUAAAGCUGCAGGCGAGCUAGUCAAACUAUUUGGUGGAAAAGUAAUUGAAUACCUCUUCUUUAUCGAAUUGACUGCUCUAAAAGGUUCCAGUAAGCUAGACGCUCCAAUCUACUCGUUAAUGAAGUUUGACGAUUAG